AAAAGAAUCGGGGAUGGCAGCGAUUAGUAACGAACGCUUCAAUGGCAAUUAUUUGCGGCCAUCACUUUCUCUCUGUCGAUCCAAAUUCAUCUUCCUCACGUUUUUGUUAACAAACCAACAAACACCAUUCACCACCAUCUUUGAUCACGUCCUUUGUGUUUUCCUCUUUACAUUUUUCUUUCUGAUUUUUUUCCUCAUUCACUUACAUCGUUUAGUUUUUUUUUUGUUUGUUUGUGCCGGAGAGAUGUUUAAUUGAAUGUAAAUAGUAGAAGACUCGGAGGAAUUGGAUUCAUAUUGUGGGGUUGUUGUUCCUCAGACGUAGAUCUGAGGUUGCAUUUUAUUAUCAUUUUUUGACUUUUUCUCUUUAGUUUUCUGUAUUGUGUCUUCAUCAUCACGUUUGGGCUUGGGCAAUGAGCGCGUCAAGGUUCAUAAAGUGCGUUACCGUUGGUGACGGAGCUGUCGGCAAAACAUGUUUGCUCAUUUCUUACACCAGCAACACCUUUCCCACGGACUAUGUUCCCACUGUUUUCGAUAACUUUAGCGCCAAUGUGGUUGUCAAUGGAGCCACGGUCAAUCUUGGAUUGUGGGAUACUGCAGGGCAGGAGGACUAUAACAGAUUAAGACCUUUGAGUUACCGUGGUGCUGAUGUUUUCAUUCUAGCCUUCUCUCUUAUUAGUAAGGCUAGUUACGAGAAUGUCUCCAAGAAGUGGAUCCCAGAGUUGAAGCACUAUGCUCCUGGUGUCCCCAUCGUCCUUGUUGGAACCAAACUUGAUCUUCGGGAUGACAAACAGUUUGUUAUCGACCAUCCUGGUGCCGUCCCUAUUACAACUGCUCAGGGAGAGGAGCUCAAAAAGCUAAUAGAAGCGCCUGCUUACAUAGAAUGCAGUUCAAAAUCCCAAGAGAACGUGAAAGGAGUCUUUGAUGCAGCUAUCAAAGUGGUCCUUCAACCUCCAAAGCAGAAGAAAAAGAAGAACAAAGCACAAAAGGCUUGCUCCAUUUUGUAAGAAGCUCGAUGACAGGGUCUUAAAAGAAAGUGUUUUCGUUUUCAUUUUUUUCAGUGUUCAUUGUUGAUUGCUCUCUUAGUUCCUCUAAAUACGAUUUGUGUUGAGUUUAAUUUAACGUAUGUUUAAAUUGAUAGUCGAGUCGAGAGAGCUUAGUAUUGGUGGAGCUAAUAUUGGUGUAGUAUAGUCUCUCUUCCAUUCUAAAUGAUAUGUUAAACUUGAUGUUGUACAUGUAA